GAUACACACAUGCACGCCAUCAUGUCUACCUCAAUACCCUCCCCGCAGCACUCGCGAACCUCAUCCAGAUCCAAGUCGCCACUGUCUAUCGAUCUCUCAGACCUGCCACCACUAGUCCAACCUUCGCCUCCCUCCAACACCCUCAUAAUUACAAACCUCAUCGAACCCGAAAUCUUCCAACCUGCCAACCUCGUCCAGAUCCGCGAGACAAUAAACCUCCACGGUGCCGUACACACCUGGGCACCCCUCAAAUCCUUCAAGCGCAUAGUCGUUUCCUUCUUCGAUGUCCAGUCCGCCAUAAAUAUCCGCCAAAAAGUUGACGGCGAGCAAAUCAUGGGCUGCAGAGUGCGCGUAUACUUUGGCCUCAAUACCCCGCUCAACCCCAGCGACCAGCACCUACCCCUCCCCAAAUCCGACAAGCUGUUCUUCAUAUCACCACCGCCUUCGCCGCCCAUGGGCUGGGAAAUGCGCGACGAGGAGCCCCCGAACCAGAUUGUGCACGCCGAAGACCUCGCUGUCGCGCUGUCCAAGCUGCACGCAGACUCUCACGAUUACCCCAUCUCGCCCGAUACAGAGGGGGAUGCGCAGUUUUCCAUGACGAGGCGCAGGACGGGAAGUUCGACAAUUCUAUACCACCCCGAAGACCACGGCGACAGCCCCAAUCUCCCCGCCAUCGCUGUCGUGGACACCACCGAGAGUCCUUCACCGGCAAGCCCCGCCGAUCUCAUGGAGGGUAUCGAGGGCCCGAUCGCGCAACAGAAGGCCCAGGGCAAAACUCUUGCCACCGCCAGACCGCCGGUUGAGCUUAUGCACUGA